AUGGAUAUUACGGGUAACGCGUUCGUUGUGGGAGGCGGAAGUGGCAUAGGGAGAGCAUGCGCCCUCGGCCUGGCCAAAGACGGUGCUAAGGGUAUUGUUAUCGCGGACAUGAAUCUUGAAGCAGCAAGCCAUGUUGCCACCGAAUGUAGAGACAUAGCAACUACUACCAAUUUCCGUGCUGAGCCGCUCGAAGUUGACGUCUCUCAGGAAGAGUCUGUGGCGAGGGCCACCAAGUACAUGGUCGAGACUUUUAAGAGAAUUGACUAUUGUAUUAACUGCGCCGGCAUCGGAGUCCAAUUAGCACGACACAUAUCGGAGGCAGACUUUGGCGAGUUCAGCCGUUUUCUCCGGACUCAUGUCGAAGGCACAUUCCUGUUGGUUCGGAGCGUAUCCGCCGCAAUGCAACUUCAAGAGCUCAAGCCUGUUGAUCCUACGAAUCCGGGCCGAGGAGGGACUCGGGGUUCAAUUGUAACUCUGGGUUCUGGCAACUCGUUUGCUGCAGCUCCUCACUUGGUGCAAUAUACAGCCGCUAAGCAUGCGGUGCUUGGUGUGACCAAGAAUGCCGCCCUCGAUAAUGCAGCUCAUGGGAUCCGAGUCAAUUGUGUCUGUCCCACGUGGGUGGAGACGCCCAUGAUCCAAAGCGCGCGAGACGGAGGUGUGGAAAUAGACAGUUGGGUCAAGGGAAUGGUUCCUUUGGGUCGUAUCGCUACUGCGGAGGAGGUGGCGGACGCGGUGAUCUUCUUCUGCAGUCCGAGAUCGAGCUAUGCAACGGGAUGCGGAUUCAUCCUCGAUGGAGGAACCACGCUUACUUGUCACGUCUAA